UAUAAUCAUGUUUACUACUUUACGUAAUAAAUUUCAAACAGUUCAAGAAGGUAUAUCAGCUAGUAUUAGAGGAUUAACUGUUGUUGAUAACCCAAAACAAAAAAAAAAUAGUAAUAUCAGAAAUGUUAAUUAUAAUGCAGGAGCUGAUAUCUUGCAUAGAUUUCAAUUACAAUGGAAUGAAUUACAUGAACUUGCAGAAGAAAAUGCAGGGAAAGCCCAAGAGGCUGAUAAAUUGAUUGGAACUAUUUAUGGAAAACUUGAACAAGAAUGGAAAAAUAUCACCCAUUUAAAUAGUACUUUAGCUUACAUUCCAAAAAUCAACAAUGCAAUACAAGAUCUUAUGGACCAAAUAGGAACCUUACAAGAAACGUUUGAAGAAGUAGAAAGUGCAAUAUAUCGCUUAGAAGAUCUAAAUGAAAUGUUAGAUUUGCAAAGUAGACAGUUGGAUCACAGAUUUCAAUUAGCCUUAUAUAAAGAGAAAAAGCUUGCAGAAUUAGAUGUUAUUAAAGCAAAAUUGGCCAAUGAACAUAUUGAAAGGGUAUCAAAAUAUGAACUUAAACAACAGAAAAUGAUGAAAGAAAGACGAGAAACAUUUGAAGAAGUUUUUAAAGAAGAACUUAAGGAGUACAAAGCAACAGGAUCCAUAUCAAAAUUACAAGUGACACAACAAGGACCUUCCUUGGAUGAGAUAGUUCUGGAUGUAGAUUCAACAAUAUUUAAUGAAUUUUUAAAAAACUAAAAAUAUAUCUUU